AUGGAUUCUCCAGUGCAGAGUCCUUCUGUCGAUGACUUGACACUAAUUAUUAACUGCUCAGAGAUGAAAGGCAGCAAUACAGGGGAAGAAUGUAUUUAUACUGCCAAUGAUUUUGGUGGAGAUGUUGAUAAGUUGGAUGUACAUGGACAACCACUAAAUGAAUGCGUAAGCCCUGGAAAUGAAGACGAGAUUAGUCCUUUCCUUUCUGGAGAUAAAGAUUCGUUAACUGUCAGUUGUUCUACUGAAAAUGUAGCAAAGCAGCCUGAGGCUUUAGAUUCCUUCACUGCAGAGCGAGCUCUCCUUGAGGAUUUUUCUUCAAGAAAAAGUGAUGUAGAUUAUCUAUCUUCUUCAGAAAUUCGGUUAGGCAAUACUGAAUCCGUUUUCGUUCCUUCAGGGCCUGCUGAAGCACCAGAUUGUGUUCAAUCACCAUGCAACCAUCUUGAGAAAAAUGCAGAGUCGAACUCUAUUCUGUGUGGUGAUAACAUGGUGUGUGAUGGUCAAGCUGUAGAAGAAACAGAGAAGAUAACUGAAGUAAGCAAUAUCACAGAGAAAAACUGUGAGGCUGAUUUUACUGGUCCAUUUCCCGACUGCAAAUACUGGUUUAGAGAAUCUGAAGAACAGCAUUUCUUAUGCCAGUCAGUCCUUGAGGGGAAAGAGGGUAGUCAGGAACUAGAUGUCUUGACCAGAAACGAAAGAGCAGAUAAAGAUGAUGGUCCUGAUAUGCAGAUCGACUAUUUUACUGGUUCUCCUGAUGUUGAACAAAACAUAGAACAAGUGAGGAUGCUAAUGCCUUCCUCCACUGAAGUGAGGAUAGAGGAUAAGCCUUCCUCUCAGAAACUAACCUCUGAAAAGCAUAAGCAAUACAACUGUUCUAGUGUCGCAAAUACAUCUGAUGUAAAGGCUGAUCAAGUAAUGAAACAGAUUGAACAACUUGGAGCAUCAGAUGGUUGUGCUCCAGCAAAAGCUAUAUCGGCUGCUGUUUUUUCAUAUUCAAAUGAGGAGCUUGAAGAUAACUCAGAGCUGGAAGAUAUGGAUCUGGUUACUGAGUCAGAUUGUUCAGAUGAGGAGUCCGAGGGUAAUUUGGAUCUGAAACAAGUGGAUCUGGUUACUGAGUCAGAGCUCAUGAGUGACCUCAAUGAGUUUUCUGUCAAGGGCAUUCUUAGUCAAGAAUAUCUGGAAGUAGAGACUAUCCAUACUGACUCGGACCUGUGUGGAAAAACUAAAACUCUACUAAGUGAAUCAAUCAGUUCCUCGCCUUCUAUGUUUGGAGAUCCUGAGCGUCUAAAUGAGGAUACAAAUUUGUCCAGAGUCUCUGAAGCCAUGUUGAAUGAGGAUUCCACUUCUGGACAUAUGGAGCAUUACUAUGUGGAGAAAGCUAAAAUCCAGACAGAUACUGAAGAGGAUCUCGGUGCUCAUGUUACUGAACAAGAAUUCAUUCCUCACGAAGAAGAGGAAGUACAAGUUACAAAGACCUCUCCUGAUCCUGUAGCAUUUGCGGCCAGAGAGGAAGAAUCAGAAACUCCAAUACCCAUGGAUGAGGCUUUCUCAGUAGUAGAUGUUAUGCAGCCUAACGAGCAAAAUGUGCUGAGCAAUGACAUUCUGACAUCAGAAAGCAAUGGGGCCCAUGCUACUGAAAGCAGUAGCAGUUGUACAUGUAAAUCAGAAGGCAAGGAUCAGAUGACACUACGGGAUGAGAAGAAACCUAAUCCUAUUAUUGUAAAGCCUCCAAAUGCUGUUCCAUUUUCUGAUGAAUGGUUAGCUGCAAUUGAGGCUGCUGGGGAGGAAAUCUUAACACUGAAAAGUGGACGUGUACAACAUUCACCAACCGAAAAAUCUGCUCCUGAACCAGGUCCUUGGUCUCCGGUGAAGAGGAAGAACAAUCAAGUAGUAGGACCAUUUGACUGUACAAAGUAUACAAACAAAGGUCUUCCUCCUGCUUUAGACUAA